AUGGCCCCAGUUCCCGAGACAGACCCUGCUGUCUAUGCGCAGUAUCAGACCAAAUGGUCCGAGCUUCCAAGCACCGAAGAUGCGUGGCUGGCUAGAGCCCAGGAGGUCGCCAAGGUGCUGGCCCAGGACGCUGCUCUGAGAGACCAGGAGAACAGGUCGCCGCGCGCUGAAGUUGCCUUGCUCAAAUAUUCCGGCCUACUGAAACUUCUCGGUCCUAAGAAGUAUGGCGGUGGCGAACAGCCCUGGAGUGUUGGAUAUAAGGCUAUUAGAGAGGUUGCAAAGGCCGAUGGAUCUAUCGGCAUGCUGCUUGGUUACCACCUCCUCUGGUCUACCACCGCAAAUGUGGUCGGCACACCUGAACAAGCCGAUCGAACCCAUCAGUUGAUCAUUACAAACAACUACUUUGUAGGUGGUGCAGUGAACCCCCGCGACAGUGAUUUGAAGAUUACGGCGGAUGGAGACAACAUUGUUUUCAGCGGAAACAAGUUCUUCAACACUGGUGGUGUUGUGUCUGACCUGACAGUCCUUGAGGGUGUUCUGGACGGCACUCAGGAUCAUAUAUUUGCCCUGGUCAAGACCCAACAGCAUGGCAUUCAGUUUGCGCACAACUGGCACAAUAUCGGGUUGCGGCUUACCGAGUCUGGGGGCGUCAAGAUCGACAAUGUCCGGGCACCGUGGACAGACGCAUUAGGAUGGGAUGCAUCGACCAAGCAGCCGCGUGAAGAUACCUUGAAGAUUGCAUUUGCGACCUUACUUCUGCCAACCAUUCAACUCGUCUUCAGCAACUUCUACCUCGGCAUUGCUCUCGGCUCAUUGGAUUUCGCCUCGAAGUAUACCACAACCGCAACACGCGCUUGGCCCUUCGGAGGUGACAACAAGGAAUCGGCAACAGACGAGUUCUACAUCCUGGAACGAUAUGGCAACUUCUUCGCACACCUACGUGCAGCAGAAGCCCUCGCAGAUCAAGCCGGUAAUCAGAUCUCGGGAUUGUAUGCUCGUUAUUCAUCUGAUAAGGCUGCUCUCACACCUCGCGAACGUGGGGAAGUUGCCGAGUGGGUGGCCAGUGUCAAGAUUGUCACCACUGACGUUGGACUGCGGGUCACUUCCGGGGUCUUUGAGGUCACUGGGGCUCGAGCCACUGCAUCGAAGGUCGGCUUGGAUCGAUUCUGGAGAGAUAUCAGGGUCCAUACCCUUCAUGACCCAGUGGCUUAUAAGAACCGGGAAGUGGGGCGAUAUGCGCUGUUGAAUGAAGUGCCGGAGCCCAGUUGGUAUACCUAG